AUGAGAUGGGUCGGGGCGAAACUGCGGAUGCUCCUCAGGAGGCCGCCGACGGCGGCCAUGCCCACCUCCCGCCGCCUCUCGGGCGGCGCCAUCUCCCUCUCCGGCGAGCUGAGAAUGGUCGAGGAGAUCCGCACCAUCCUGGACACGGUGCCCGACGCCAUGGAACCCCAUCUGGACCAACUCGCUCCUCUGCUCACCCCUCACAUCGUCUCCACCGUCCUGGACGAGUCCACCGCCGUAUCCCCGGCCUUCCGCUUCUUCGUCUGGACUUCCCGGCGGAAGCGCCUCCGCAGCUGGGCCUCCCACAACCGGAUCAUCUACCUCCUCCGUGGCGGCGGCUUCGACUCCGCGUGGGAAACGCUGGAGCACCUCCGCGGCGGUGGCGCAGCGCCGCCGCCGCCGUUUGAGGCGCUCAUCUCCGCGUACGCGGCGGAGGGGAGGACCGACAAGGCGGUGGAGUGCUUCCAGAGGAUGGGGGCGGAGUUCGGGUGCCGGUCCAGCGCCUUUACCUACAACACGCUCAUGCGGGUCCUGAUCGAGGAGGGCAUCUCCCUCCUCGCGCAGUCGCUCUACUGCCAGAUGCUGAAGGUGGACUGCCGCCCCAAUCGGUCCACCUUCGCCAUCCUCAUCGACGGCCUCUGCAAGGAUGGCAAGACCGACGACGCGCUGGCCCUGUUCGACGAAAUGUCGCAGCGGCGCAUCCCACCAAAUAUACUCGUCUACACCGUCGUCCUCUCCGGGCUCUGUCGCGCUGGCCGCCUCGCCGACGCCCAUAAACUCUUGGAUUCCAUGGCGCAGGGAAACCUCCGCCCCGAUUCCGCCACCUACAACGCGCUUCUCAACGGGUUCUGCAAGCUGGGCCGCACCGACGAGGCCUUCGAGCUCGUCUCCCGGCUCCGUGCCGUGGGGGUCUUCUCCCCCGGCCGAAAAGCCUACAGCUCUCUGCUCGACGGGCUGUUUAGAGAAGGGAAGUUCGAUGAAGCCCACCGCUGCUACCGGACCAUGGUGGCGGAGCAGGUGCCCCCCGACUGCGUCCUCUACACUAUCAUGAUCAGGGGCUCGGUGGAGAGCGGGAGGAUCAGGGAGGCGUUCGCGUUCCUGGGGGAGAUGACCGACAGGGGGAUCGUACCCGACAGCUUCUGCUACAACACGCUGAUCAAGGGUCUCUGUGACGCCGGCCACCUCGACCGGGCCCGGUCCCUUCAGCUGGACAUCUCCGGUAGCGACCGCUUCCCCGAUGUGGCGACCUACACCAUCCUCAUCUGCGGGCUCUGCGACCGGGGGCUCGUCCGCGAGGCCCAGAAGAUCUUCGACGAGAUGGGCCAGCGCGGUUGCGCCCCCACGGUGGCGACCUUCAACGCGCUCAUCCGGGGGCUCUGCAGGGCGGAGCUCCCCGAGGAGGGCCGCCACCUCCUGUACAGGAUGGAGAUGGGGACCAACCAGCACCUCUUCCUCCGCCUCUCGCAGGGCCCCAACCCGGUCUCCGACCGGGGGGGGCUCCGCCGGGAGGUGGACCAUCUCUGCGACUCCGGCCGCAUCGUGGAGGCCUACAAGCUCCUCCGGGGGCUCGCCGACGCCGGCGCCGUGCCAGACAUCGUCACCUACAACAUCCUCAUCGACGGGUUCUGCAAGGCGAAGAACAUGAACGUCGCCAUCGCGCUGUUCAAGGAGCUCAGGUUCAAGGGCUACACCCCCGACGCCGUCACCUACGCGACGCUCGUCGGCGGGUAUCUCGGGGAGGAGAAGGCCGACAAGGCCGUCGAAGUCUUCCACCACAUGGUGAGGAACGGCUUCGAGCCCGUGCUGCCGGUCUACAACAUCAUCAUGAAGGAGCUCUGCGGGACCAACAGGGUCUGGCAGGCGGUGGCCCUCUGGCUCUUCUACCUCUCGGAGAGGAAGACCGAACUUCAUCGUGAUGCCGGAAAGGCGGAGCUCCUGGCGGCGGCGCGGAGGAGCUCCGAUCGGGGAUCGGUGGGGGAGGCGGUGCGGUGCCUCCUCGCCAUGGGCGGCGGCGACCGCGCCCCCCUACUCUACACCAGGUGGAUGAUGGGGCUCUGCCGGGUCGGGCAGAUAGCGGAAGCUUACACCAUCUUCUCGGCCCUCUGCGAGCAGGACGCCGACGUGGGACCUCCGAUGUGCGCGCGUCUCAUCCAGAGCUUCUGCAGAGGGGGGAGGACGGAGUGGGCACUGGAGGUCAUGGAGUUCUCGUUGAGGAAAGGGAUCUCCUUCGGGAGGCCUGUGGGCAACAGGGUCCUCAAGUUCCUCUGGGACAAGAACAAGAAGGACGCACUGAAGCUCGCCGGCCGUAUGAGCCGCACCGGAUAUGCUCUCGACGUCUACCUUCGGAAGCCUAUGAAGCAUCACCUACGCAGCUACGGGCUCUGUGCUGACGUGGGUUGA